UCUUGAAUGCGACUGUUCACUAAUCAAAUCUCAUUGACUUGUUUAUUUAAUCAUUUUUUAGUGAGUUGAGGUUUGUGCACGGAUGAUCCGCCGCUUGGAUCCAAUACCUUUUUUUAGGGAAUUGCUUAUUGAGAUAUUCUCGUUUGUACUCUGAUUUGGUGGAGUGUAAUGACAGAAUCCAGACAUAAAUUACAGAUUUAGAAAUAAAUAUGUUUUCUUAGUCAACUACUUGCAGUUGAAAAAUUAAAGAAAAUGGCAUUAGUUGUUGAUGUACGGUUGGCGACUGGUCAGCUGUACCAGCCGUGAAAACCCCCUUCCUUCCCAUAGCUCUCUCUCUCUCUCUCUCUCUCUCCCCUCCUGUGUGGCUGCUGCAGUGCUGCUCUAAAAAGCUCAAUAGAUUGAAACUUGAAUGUGGAUUGGCCAGAAGCUGAAAUUGGGGUUUUAUAUUCAUAGACUCACAGUUAAAAGAAAUUUGGGAACAGAUUGAAACUUGAAUGUGGAUUGGCCAGAAUAUGUGAGCUUUCGGUGAGGAGAAAUCUUGAUUAAUAUAAGGAUUCCGUUUUUGAGUCAUUAAGGUUGAGGCUUACGAUGGACCAAAGGCGUGUGAUUGGUAAGGGGCCAGUGUUUUCUUCUUCGCCUGCCAGAGGAGCUCCUGGACAGGGGAGAGACGAUUAUUAUCUCCAUCGUGAUCAAGGGCCGUCUAGUUACAACGAGAACUCUUAUUAUGAGCAGGGUGAGGAGGCAAGAAGAUAUAUGAAUCAUGAAAUGGAUGGGCCAUCCAGGUUUGAGAAUCUGGAGAAUUGUCGGGCUGAGCUCCUACGGAAACUUGAUGAGUUGAAGGAUCAUCUUACUCGGUCUUGUGAAGUGACAGAGAAACCCGGGCACAGGAUGGGUACUGACAUGAUCGUAAAUGAUCCUUAUCCCAGAAAUCGUGCUGCUUAUCUUCAAGAAGCGUUGCCUACUUCACAUGGUGUAUACCAGCAACCCCUUGCUUUGGAUGAGAAAGCACACCACCCUCAUAUAGGUCUAGGACCUGGAUAUGUUCCUUUUGCCGAUAGGGAUGCACAUUUUCGUAGAGGAUACCAACAUGAAGGCUCGUCGUAUGCUAAUACUUAUCAGCAGGAAAUGCCCCAGGGGCCGUAUGGCCACCCACAAUCUAAAUACUUGCAUCAGCCCUAUCAUGACCGUCGCCAUGGUUAUGGUGGCAGUCUGAAUCAUCUAGAUGAAAACUUCAUUCACAGUCCGACCUGCUCUUGCGUGCAUUGUUUUGAUAAGGAUUGGGAUUUACCUCCGCAUGUACUAUCGAAUCCCAACUAUCAUCAUCAUACGUAUCCUGUUGGGCACGGGCCACAGGGUUAUCGUCCUGGAGGCUUCAACUCGCAUAGUUCUCAUUCCCAGCCAUCUAUAACACCGAAUUCCACGGAUCUUGAUUUUGAAAACAAUGGAAUUCAUCAGAGUCGUCCUAGAAAGAUGGAGGAAGCUCGUAGGGAUGUGCAUAUGAUGCAUCCUGUUGCAGGUGGUGCUCCUUUCAUAGCGUGCACCAGUUGCUUUGAAUCGCUGAGGCUUCCAAUAAAUCACAUUUCACUGGCGAAAAGGCAACAGAAGCUAAAAUGUGGGGCCUGUUCUUCAAUAAUCUUGUUUGAACUCGGGAACAAGGCUUUGGCUGCGCCAGUUCCUGCAAGUUUUGACCAUGUAGCGACUGAGACAGAUGAUUGUUCUAGUUUGGCAGCAGAUAGAGAUGUCGGUUACGACCAGGGUGGUUCGAAUUUAGCUGAUAAGUAUGCUUGCUCCGAUUCAAAUGAUGAUUCCGUUCCCAAGGUUUCUCUAGCAGACAAGAAGUCAAAUUCUGAUGAGUAUGAGAAGCAGUUAGAUUCGCUUUCUUCAGUUUCGAGUCUCUCCAAGGAUCAGCAAAUGCCAGAUACUCUUCCAUCUGAAAAACAUGAUUCCUCAACUGCAGAACUACAUAUAGAAGAAGAAGUCGAGUCACUCCCGCAUCCUAUUUUGUCUACUGAGGAACCCCCUGAUCAUUGUUCAGCUGAUAAUGCAGUCGACCAACAUGACAAUGAGAAUAAAGGUACAAAAUCUGGGUUCGACCGCAAUGUCUCUUGGCAGAAUUCUGGAAGAGACUCGGCUGUGUCAACUGAAAUCGAGUCAAAAGAAUUUCCGAAGAGCUGUAUAUCACAGGACACUUGGGAAGAAAGUAAAGAACAGCACUUAAGGGACGACAAAGGUGCAGAGUCUUCAUCUUCAGGUCUUGCCAACAGUAGAUCUCGAGACUUUAGAAAAUGGGAACCAAAUGCAGAACUCGGUACAUCACAAGUUUUUGUGAAUGGACGCUUGAUACCAGAAAAUCUCGUUCAGAAGGCUGAACUGUUGGCUGGACCAAUUCAAUCUGGAGAGUACUGGUAUGAUAUACGUGCUGGAUUUUGGGGUGUGAUGGGCUUUCCUUGCCUGGGCAUCAUCAUGCCAAAUAUUGAGGAAUUCAAUUAUCCGAUGCCGGAGAAGUGUGCUGCUGGAAACACGGGGGUUUUUGUGAAUGGCCGGGAACUUCACCAGAAGGAUUUGGACUUACUUGCUGGUAGAGGUCUUCCAAUUUUAAGUGGCAGAGCUUAUCUUGUCAAGAUUUCUGGAGAAGUGGUUGACGAGGAAACCGGGGAAGAGCUAGACAGCAUAGGCAAACUUGCCCCUACCGUGGAGAGGGCGAAGCACGGGUUUGGCAUGAAAGUUCCAAGAUUCAUCGCCCGAUACCAGAGCUAGAUCUUAUGAUUGCAGUCUUCAUCAGGACAGUAAGAUGCUCAACUUUUUCAGGUAAACAUCCUAGUUAGGAUGUCCCCACGACUGCUUCGACAUUAUACUGUUAUGGCUCGAAUUACAGUUCCUUUAUAUUCCCAUUUUGCACUUUUUGGCUUAUUGCAAGUUGAGGCAUGAAAGCAAAUCACAAGAUCUGCCGUAGUGAAGUCGCUACGACUGAUUCGACAUCAUACUGUUGAUACCUGUGCCUCGUAUUCUUGCCAUGAUUUUGGCAUUAUGUGCAUAGAUUUACUGGAACUAAUACAUUUUUUACCUGUAAAAAGAUCAAUAAUACUCGUGUGAUGAGUUUUACUUUGUUA